AUGAGUCUCCUCAAUGUGAAGCUGAAGAUGUCCACAUCUUUCCACCCCCAAACGGACGGUCAAACAGAAAGAGUUAAUCAGACCCUGGAACAUUACUUGCGGAGUUAUUGUUCAUAUCAACAGGAUGACUGGGCAGAACUCUUGCCUUUGGCAGAGUAUGCUUAUAACUCGGCGGUCUCUGAGUCUACCAAAGUAUCGGCUUUUUAUGCCAACUAUGGAUAUGAACCCAGGACCAACUGGCCGGCCCCAAAGGAAGGAGUAGAAUGGAAUAAUCCAGUGAGCGAGGUCAUGAUAUCUCAAUGGGAAUCUAUCUGGCAGGCUAUGAAUGCCAGCUUGGGUAAAGCUAGAUUAAGAAUGGCCCGGUGGUAUGAUGCUCAUGCCCUGGCACCGCCUGAAAUCAAGCCCGGAGAUGAAGUUAUGUUGGACCGGCGCAAUGUGCAAACAAAGCGGCCUUUGGGAAAAUUGGAUCAGAAGAAGAUGGGACCUUUUAAGGUCUUAGAAGCUAUUGGUACCCGUGCCUACAAGCUCUCUCUUCCCCCCCAAAUGGGAAUCCACCCCGUCUUUCAUGUCUCUCUUCUGGUACCGUAUCGAGCACCGGUACAUCCUGAGAGAAGAGUUCCUGUACCGGAGCCCGAAGAGAUUGAAGGAGAACAGAACUGGGUUGUCCGAGAGGUAGCUGAUAGCCGGGUCAAUAAGAAAAGGAGACGAGUGGAAUACCUAGUGCUGUGGGAAGAUUAUGAAAACGAGGAUGCUACAUGGGAACCUUGGGAGCAUCUCAAGAAGAGUGCUGAAGAAGCCCUUCGGGAUUUCCAUAUGAGGUAUCCUAAAAAACCCAAAGACAAGCGGAUUGUUGGGGUGUAG